AUGUGUUCAUAUACCAAGAUCCAUGAAUGGCAAACGCGCCUUGCGCUCAUCAAACCAAGCGAGGAUCCGUCGGCCUGCCUUGAACUCAGCCUUGUUGUCGUCGACUUGGUGGACUUGAACAACGGAGCUGUCAUCAACCACGACACACUCGUCACAUACGACGCGCUUUCGUACGCGUGGGGAACGGCGUCGCCUACUGCCAAAUGUAUCUGCGACGGCAAUGCGAUAUUAUUACGUGAUAACCUCGACUCAGCACUCAAAUACCUUCGAAAGCCACAAGAUGAGCGAUAUGCCUGGAUCGACUUCCUUUGCAUCAACCAAAAUGACUUGAUUGAAAAAGCCGUUCAGAUACCCCGGAUGAAAAACAUCUACUCCAAAGCGGGCACUGUGGUUGUAUGGCUUGGCGAAUCAUUAGCGGUUGCGAGUAUUUCAAGAGAAUGUCAGAAGACUUGUGGACCCGAUGUCGAUAUCCUGGCUUGCUCUAAACACGGCAAAGAAUUAUGGAAGUCUAUCCUGGAUUAUGCUUGGUUCAGACGAACUUGGGUCCGCCAGGAGGUUUUCGCCGCCGAAAAGUUGAGCGCUACCGAAUAG